GAAGCGAAUGAAAAGCGCGGGAACGCUAACCGUUUUGCAUAGUCCUUCACCCCUGAACUAACGUCCUAGCGAACUUCUCAUUUCCCGCUCUAUAUAUAUACACACACUCAUUCCUUCACUACUUCAAAUCUAAUUCGUAAUUCAAAAAUCUCUCUCUCCCUCUUUCUCUUUCUCGCUCAUUCCAAGUGCAUUCAAAUUUUCCCUCGACAACAACACGAUGCUUGCAAGUCUCAAAUCUGAAGAGUCGAGCGUCCCGUUGCAGGUCGUCGAAAGAGAUGAUAUGGAUGAAGAAGAUGACCUCUUCGAAGCUAUCGACAAACUGAUUUCUCAAGGCAUUAAUGCCGGAGAUGUGAAGAAGCUUCAGGAUGCAGGGAUAUUUACCUGCAAUGGAUUGAUGAUGCACACAAAGAAGAACUUAACUGGAAUCAAGGGUCUAUCUGAAGCCAAGGUUGAUAAGAUCUGUGAAGCUGCUGAAAAGCUUGUGAAUUCUGGUUAUAUUACUGGAAGUGAUGCACUGCUCAAAAGAAAGUCUGUGGUGCGAAUUACAACUGGAAGCCAAGCGCUUGAUGAAUUGCUAGGAGGUGGGAUCGAGACACUGUCAAUUACAGAAGCAUUUGGAGAAUUCAGAUCAGGAAAAACACAACUUGCUCAUACUCUCUGUGUUUCCACUCAGCUGCCAACUAAUAUGCAUGGAGGCAAUGGAAAAGUUGCUUACAUUGACACUGAAGGAACUUUCCGACCUGACAGAAUUGUUGCCAUAGCUGAGAGAUUUGGAAUGGAUCCAGGGGCUGUACUGGACAAUAUUAUCUAUGCUCGUGCCUACACUUACGAGCAUCAGUAUAACCUCCUCCUUGGUUUGGCUGCUAAAAUGUCCGAAGAACCAUUCAGACUUCUGAUAGUGGAUUCAGUGAUUGCUCUGUUUCGGGUGGACUUCACCGGAAGAGGAGAGCUUGCUGAGCGCCAGCAAAAAUUGGCACAGAUGCUUUCUCGAUUAAUAAAAAUAGCUGAGGAAUUCAAUGUUGCAGUUUAUAUGACAAAUCAAGUCAUAGCUGAUCCAGGAGGUGGUAUGUUUGUUACUGAUCCGAAGAAACCAGCAGGAGGGCAUGUGCUAGCUCAUGCAGCCACAAUAAGGCUGAUGUUUAGGAAAGGGAAAGGUGAACAGCGUGUUUGCAAAGUGUUUGAUGCCCCAAACCUGCCAGAGGCUGAAGCAGUAUUCCAGAUAACACCAGGGGGAAUUGCUGAUGCAAAGGACUGACGCAGCUGCUUCAGACUUUUGAAGCUAUUCCACAACAGAGACUAAAUAAUUUUAGUAACCUUAAUCUUGAUAUUUGCUUAUAAUUUGUAUUAAAAGUGUUGCUUCUUGAUCGCUUAGUAUUCCAAAGAUCUCAUGUAAGCACCUUUUAUAUAUGUUUUCUUUAUAGUAAGCAGCUGAUAUUUGGCAAUUACAAUGUAACUAAACAUUUCAAAAUCUUACUGUCAGUGACUUUCUUGGGAUAGCCAGUUUCUCCAUCACAUUAAAAGUUUAAUCAGGGAUAGAAUCGAUUGACAAACCUAAAUGAAAUAUGAUCAGAAAAAGGUAGUAAAGUAAAUGAUUUUCACUUUAUGAUGAAUCAGCGCACAAGUUAAUAUUAUUACAUAUGUGCAAAUUGAGUAUGAUCUCAAUAUUUGCUUGCAAGCAACUUGUAUACUCAUCAAAUCAUAUCUCCGGUACAGCAAACUAAUAUGAUAGGUCUUGCUAAAGCCUGAAGUGAUCAUAUGAUGGUAACAGAUGUCUCAUUAUCAUAUCAUAUGAUGGG